CUUCGGGUGGAUGGAUAAUAGGUAAGUUUUCAUUUUAUCGGCUUCCAUGGAUACUCUCUCAGCAUCCGUUUCAUCCUUGAACCUCCCUUCUCUUCCUCCACCGCCGCAGCCACCGUUGAGAUCCAUCUCCCGCCGCUUUAAAUCCAGCGCAAACGCCACCACUUCUGCUGCAUCUACCAAUCUCUCAAAACCAACAUCGUCUUCACCUUCUUCAUCAUAUUCCCACCACAAAAACCAGAAUUUCUCCAGAGCAAUCUCGUUUCCGGUUCCGCACACAAAACCCUCUAGAGUUACUCCUCCUCCGGUGCACGAUAAAGCGGCCUCGGGGUUUGCUGCGGCGCUCGUUAGCGUUUGUCAAUCGAAGAAUUGUCUUGGUCGGACUCAAGAAGAUGUCAGAAGAUUGAUGGUGUUUCUUGUGGGAGAAGAAAAGAAGAGGAACAAGGUCUUAGUCAAUGAUGUUGUUGAGAGAGAGAAUCUGUAAUGAAUUGGUCACAACAAAACUUGUCUGGGUUUCUUGAUGAUACAAAAGAUUGUAAAAGAGAUCAUAUCUAAUUCCAAAGUUUGCGUCUUUACUCAGGAAAUGUUACACUACUUGUCUUUGGUUGAUGUUUUUAUGGAAUCUGAGAGAAUCUGUAAUAAAUUGUUUGUCUGAUG